GAGUCUGCAAGCUGUUUUUUCGCCAGCUGGUCGCCGCGACUCUCAGCUACGUCAACUAACAUGCUAUCUAACAAGACAACAACAAGUUCACUUGGACCAUUGAUUCCCAACAGCUUUAACAAUGAGUAAACCGAGAACUCGGACUCACCGGCACGAAGUUGACAAACGAUAACCGAGAGCCUUGGCGAGCCUGAUGAAAGCGAAAGCUUUAUUGUCCUAGCUUGCUGGCUAACAUUAGCUAUUUGUCUGGUGAGGUGGCGACAUGGCUGCUGCAGAGAUGUCUUCACGGUACACGUACCGUCGCCCGCCAUCGAGCAUAAAGCAGGAGCAGGAUGACGACUCGGACUCGGAGACCCACCUGCUGGGCCUGAAGAGGUUAGACGGGCGCGAGUCGCAGAUCAUCCACAGCGGACACUUCAUGGUGUCAUCGCCCCACAUCGAGCACCCUCCGAAGAAAGGCUAUGACUUCGAUACUGUCAACAAACAGACCUGUCAGACCUAUCAUUUUGGCAAUUUGAGGAUGUCACAUCUCUCCAUAGAUGCGUCACUGACCAAACUAUUUGAGUGCAUGACUCUUGCGUACAGUGGUAAUUUGGUAUCUCCCAAAUGGAAGAACUUCCGAGGUCUAAAACUGCUUUGGAGAGACAAGAUCCGCCUCAACAACGCCAUAUGGAGGGCCUGGUAUAUGCAGUAUGUGGAGAAAAGGGAGAAUCCUGUUUGUCACUUUGCAACUCCCCUGGAUGGAAGCAUGGACGUGGACGUUCAUCGUCCUGCAGAGGGCAGUGCCACAGAGGGGAUAUACUGGAAAAGACGAAUUGAAAUUGUCAUCAGAGAAUACCACAAGUGGAGAACUUACUUUAAAAAAAGGUUACAAAAGCACACGGAUGAUGACCUCUCAAGCUUGCUUAAGGGACCAGAGGAGCAGUUAUUGCUGUUUGGGGAAGUCUCUCCAGAGAUGCUCCGUGUCUGCUUUUAUCAGGAUGAAGACACAGCUGUACGCCGCCUGCCUCGUAGGUAUAAUGAAGCACCUGCCCCUAUGGAGAUGGACCCUCUCUUCGACAUGGAUGUUCUGAUGUCUGAGUUUUCAGACACGUUGUUCUCUACGUUGGCCUCGCACCAGCCCAUAGCCUGGCCUAAUCCAAGGGAGAUUGCACAUGCAGGGAACGCAGACAUGAUCCAACCAGGACUCAUCCCUUUACAACCCAACCUAGACUUCAUGGACUCUUUUGAUCCACUGCAGGACUUAUUCCACAGCCUCCGUCAGUCUGCCUUCACCUCUGUUUUACCCACUGCACCAUCUGUCACCCCUCAACCCAGCAGCCGCUCACAGUCACAGGCCGAGUUAAUGUCCUCCAUGCUCACAAGCAACAACAUCUCCGCUCCUGGCCCCUUGCCCAUCUCCUCUCCCAUGGCCACUCAAACCAGUCGAACAUCUGGUGGUAGAGAUGAUGCUGUCUUUGUACAAAACUACAUGCCUCUGUUUCCUGGGCAGGUGGCGCCAAGAGAUCAAGCAGCUCUUUCCUCAGUUUCUCAGCCAUUAUCCCGUGAUCCUCUGGCACAGUGUCUUCCAGGUCAGGAUAUGGCCUCAGCAGCACCCAUGCUUCCAUCGGCCUUGGACAACACCCCAGCACUGGAUGAGACUGUUGAACCAUCUGUGAUUACACACAAGACCUCCUCGACUGUUAAACCCAGUGAUGCAGUAACCACCUUCAGCCACACCUCAGAUUAUAGCUCCAUAUCCACACAACCUCCAACUCCUCCUUCUCAGCUUCAGCCCUUGGCUCCAUUAACUGCCACGUCUGUCCACCACCCUCAAACCUUUGCCCUGCCUCGCCCCUUUCAGUCAUCCAGUGCCAACAAAAUCCGCCCUGUGCAAAGGAUUGCUCCUGCUAACACCCUUGCCUCCUCCCACCUCAUCCUCACAGCCCCUUUCCCAGGUCAUGCUAAUGCUGUAAUUAUUACACCAUCGCCUCUGAAAGCAGAUGUGGUCCGUACUACUGGAGUGAUCAUCACUCCUUCUCAACUUGGAGGGACUCCUGGAUUUCACGUUUUGUCUCAGACACAGAAGUCUCCCCAGCCGAUUGUCCCCAAAGAAAGGUCUUCCAGCUGCAAAAGUCAGAAAGCCUCCUCUAGUGUCGGUCACAGUCAACCAGGAUCAGCUGAAGGAUCACCACAUGGGUUAGAUCAAGUUCCUAGUCCCCAGUCACUGAUCAUCAGCAGCAGCACUAUACCUCUGGUAAAGAAUGAACAAAAUCAGAGCCGGAGGACAACAUGCACAUCUUCUGAGCAAAAGAGACGAUCAAACAUAAACAUUGGCUUUAAAACACUCUGCAACCUGGUUCCCACUCUAAAGUCACAAUCAAAUAUCACUAAUGCAGUCACGUUGCAGAAGACCAUGGAUCACAUUUGGAAGCUCCAACAGGAGAGGCAGCAGAUGCUGGAAGAGGUCAAGAGGCUACGAGAGGAGAUAGAGGAGAUCAACUCCUCCAUUAGCUUGUGUCAGGAGCAGCUGCCUGCAACAGGGGUCCCUAUCAGGCAAAAUCGGUUUGAGCGAAUGCAGGAGAGGUUCAAUGAAUAUGUAAAGAACCGCACUUUUCAGAACUGGAAGUUCUGGAUUUUCAGCAUCAUUAUCAAGCCUCUCUUUGAGUCUUUCAAUGGGAUGGUGUUAACUACAAGCAGAGCAGAGCUGUGUCAGACCACAAUGCAAUGGCUCGAUCGUCACUGCUCCCUUCCAGCGCUCCGACCCAUGGUGCUGAGUACCCUCCGCCAGCUGAGCACAACCACGUCCAUACUUAGUGAUCCGUCCCUGCUGUCUGAAGAAGCCAUCCAGGCCGUCACACAUACAGAUGGGUGGUCUUGCUCUCAGAGGUGAUGAGGUGACCCAAAAGCCACCUGAAUCUUUUAACAGCAAUCAUCAAAAUGACAUAUCUCUAGUUUAUCUUAAAGACAUUCAGCAAGGCCACCACGUCUUCCACAGAUGCAUGACUUCCCUGAAAAACACAAUGAUAAAUGCAAGCUACUUUUACUCUGUAUGUACAAGUAUGUGGAAUGAUGCACACAGGGAGGCUUUGACAUUACAUUUUUAACAAUUGUGGCUUUUAUAUAUUUCUUUAAUGACAGCAGCUAAUACUAUCAUCACCGGCUUCAGGUAAAGAGUUUCUAAAUAUUUUAGUUGAUGGUUGUACUGGUUGUUUGGUUUUUGAACAAUUUAUAUUAAAAUUGGAGUCACUUUUAUAAUGUAAAAAAACACAACAUUGUGUUGUAAAAAGGGAAAUAUUGUGUGGUUGUAAAUGUUAUGUACUCACUCAGUUGUAACAACAAGGAGAUGAGAUGAAUGUGGGAUCUUUAGGACUAGCUGUCAGAAUAGUUUGUGUGUUUUGGAAUCUCUGAAACACCCAGAAAGGUUUCCCAUCAGAAAGUCUCGGAUCGUCUGAAACAUGGUCACUCGCUGGCUGGUCGGUGAUUAUUACAAGAAAACUGAGACCGCAAUUGUCUUUUCCCUCCCUCAUUUACUCAAGUGAAUGUUAUUUAGACUGUUAACAAUGGGGGUUUCUUGGUUGGUUCCCACCCAUGAUGAACAUUUCCCCUCAUUAUUAGCUUGCUCUGCCCAUUUCCAGCAAGUUCAACUGCUAAUUGUACAAGAAAGCAGUCAUCUUAAAUACAUUAUGUUGCAUACAUGGGUUUCUACUGGGCAGGUCACAGCAUAAUGAAGAGAUGUUACUUACAGCCCUCAUAGGGAGCAUAACUGAAAUUGCAGUACAGAUUAUUUAUAUACUUCAGUAUAUAUACAUGUACAGUGUUUCAAGAUCUCAGCUGAAUGCACAGUAGUCGUAGGCGUCUUCCUGUUCUUUGUUGGUCACUCAGGGAUGCGCUGGUCAAUGUAAUUGUUUUUCAUUCAGCUAUGAACAAAUCGAGUCAGGGUCCUUUACAGCAGGAAAACAUGUCUGUUUAAGGGUACAGGUUACAUCACAGGGUUUGAUUUACCUGUUGUUUUCUCCCCCUCCUAAUUACACUAUUUUAUAAGGUGUGCUAAAGACAGACAGGAGACAACAAUCUGUGAAAAGUUACACUACACAGAAACGGAAAGAGUAGUCCACCCGUCCAUUCAGGUCAUUGUUUGUGUUACUGAGAUCACACUUGACUCUGUUGACCGCUUGAGAAUUAGACAAUGUGCAGAAUUAGUCUGCAUGUCUGAGGUACAGCCUUAACGUCAAAGUGCCCUUACUCAUGACCGCUGCAGGCUAAUUAGUCUUUUUACUGUUAUUUGUGGUUCAGCACUGAUUUUGAGUUUUUUGAUGGCAAAUAGAACCACAGUUCUUAUUUGAUGAUUGUGCAGUUUUUUUGCAUUUUAUUGUGAAUUGCAUAUCGGUUUUAAUAGUCAAUUUGACUUUUUUUACAAGAUAGAAAUCAUUUACCUGUUGAUGUAAAUACAGCUCAAUUUACAAAAAUACAGGAAAAGCAGUCCUCAAAUGAUGACAGAAAGCCCCAAUGUUACAAACGUUUUAGUUUUUUUCCUCAUUCUGAUUUAAAAAUGCCAGGUUUCUGUGAGAGGGCAUUUGUACCUGAUUAUGUACAGUAUAUCAUUACCGAUUGGAUUUGCGUAUAUUUUAUUUCAUUUGUUUUAAGAAGUAAAUAUAUUUAAUAUGUGCAUCUGAGUGUUUUUGUUCACUUCCCAAUUUCAUGCAACAACUUUUUUGAUGCCUUAAAUGAUUUUGAAUCGUAAU